GAAAGGGCUACCAGCUGGCUGUGUCAGAGCUUCCACGAUGGGCCCAGAUCUCAAUUGUAUUUCAUCUUCUCUGCUCCGAAGUGAACCGUGCAUCAAUUCUUUGAUAGCGAUUUUGACCGUUUGUGGGCAGCAACUGUUCUCCUCUUACACGUUCAGUUGUCCAUGUCAAGUCGGAAAAAAUUUUUAUUAUGGUUCAGCUUUUCUUGUGGUUCCUGCCUUGAUCCUUCUGAUUGCUGGCUAUGCUCUACGAGGCCAAAUGUGGUCAGUUGUCAGCGAGUACUGCUGCUGCAGCUGUACCCCUCCAUACCGGAGAAGCAGCCCUCUGGAGAGGAGGCUGGCCUGCCUCAUGUUCUUCAACAUCACUGGCAGGGCUCUGGUCGCUCCACUGACGUGGCUGACAGUGACGCUGCUGACAGGUACCUACUACGAAUGUGCGGCAAGUGAGUUUGCCUCUGUGGACCAGUACCCAAUGUUUGCUAAUGUCACUCCUAGCAAACGGGAAGAGAUGCUAGCUGGAUUUCCAUGCUACACGUCCGCUCCCUCUGAUGUGAUUCCAGUAAGAGACGAAGUGGCUCUUCUACACAGAUACCAGUCACAAAUGCUGGGCUGGAUUCUGGUCGUUUUGGCAACCAUUGCUCUCCUGGUCUCCAAAUGUCUGGCAAGAUGUUGCUCUCCCCUCACCUCUCUGCAGCAUCACUACUGGGCCAACCACCUCUACAACGAGAGGGCGCUCUUCGAGCAAGCUGCCGAGGAGCAUUCCCGACUUCUCAUCAGACAUCGAAUCAAGAGAGUGUUUGGCUUCAUUCCUGGGAGUGAAGACAUCAAACAUAUUCGCAUCCCUUCAUGUCAAGACUGGAGAGAAAUCUCUGUACCCAAUCUUCUAUGUGUGGGUGACACCUCACAGGGUCCCUAUAGCUUCCUUGGAGACAGGGUGGUUGAGGAAAAUGAGGAAGACAGACAAGAAGGUAUUGAAAUGAAACCUUGAGAGCUGCACCUUUCAAAGUUCAUGGUGCCUGAUUUUUUUUUUUUUCUGAUGCAAGAGUUUCAGUACUAUCUCUUUCUUUUCUUUCUCUCUGAUACUUAAGGACAGAAGUCCAUCCAAAAUCCUAUUUCCAAAAUCAAUAUAUAGAUUGAGAACCUCCCCAUCUUUAUGCAGUUCCAUCACAUGUUCACGAUGACUGUUGUGUCAUGAUGGUCCAUUUUAAACGGGCAUGGAGUUUUAAAUCAAUUGGAAUUUAGCUGCAUUGCUCAGUACCUGUGCAAGUAUCAAUAAUUUGGAGUGCUAUUUUGUCCUAUGCUCAUAAUAGCUCCCUCAGAGAGCUAUUGAGAUUAAAUGUGAUGGCAGGAAUCAUUUACCACUAUGCUUUUCAUAAAGUGACCACGAGAUAGCAUCACUUUCCUCUAUCCUCUCCAAAUUCCAUCUCCUAUCAUUCUUCCGUCUAAUUUUUGGUUUUCUCCUUGUCUUCAUUUAAAUGAUAUGGUUUUAUUACCUUUUCUCUGUGUAUGCGGCUUACUAGAGAGGAAGGUAGAAUGGAAUGGUCUUUCUGAAGUGGUAACAGUGAGGAAGAUUUUGAGUAAUGUCCUGCGCUCAGGGAUGAUGGUGGAUCAUCACAUUAUCAUCAGUAUUAGGUUAUUCUCAGCAUCACAGUAGGGGUGUCUUUAUGACAACUUCUUAUAAACGUUAUUCUAAAGCUUCUCCUCUGUGCUCCACAACAGAGGUUCCAAUUGUAACUUUUCCUGGUCAAAUUGUUCUUUUAUGCCCCCAAACCUCUUUAAGGACCUAAGGAAUGAAGCUGUACGAUUUCUAGUUGUUUCUUGAACUCAAAGCAGCAGGUGCAGUGAGGGGAAGGGGUGCUGGAAAUAUGGUUCAUGGAGUAAGAGCCAAUACUGCUCUGCUGAUACCCAUGUCAGGUGGUCCAUGCUACCUGACAUUCCAGAUCCGGAGUAUCUAACACCUCUGACCUCCAUAGGUACCUGUCUCACAGGACCAAAACCCCACAGAGAUACAUACACAUACAUAAUUUUAAAAAUAAAUAAAUAGAACCGGGGCAAGAUAAACAUUAUAAAAUAUGUCUUGAUUAGAUGUGCUUCAAACCUGAUUUCUGUGAUGUUCACUUAAGCACCUGGCUCAUGGGCCCAGUGAGGGACCUCAGGAUUUUUGUUUAUUCACUUCUUUAGUCAAAACAAUUUUUGAUUCCCUGAGAACUAACUGCUGAUGGGCACCUUGACUUUCAAGAUCAACUAACUGGAUUAUCUAAAAUGCCACCAAUUUCUUAUUAAUGCAUUUGUAUACAAUUAUGGAAGGUUCUGUUUUGUGUCAAAUUCUGGGUGCUUUGUCUUGACAGAGACAAGUAAGAAGGAAUUUUUGAGAAAACAAAAUCCUUUCAGGAGGUUCCCUGAUAGUACAUUGCUUAGUGUGACACUUUGCGUGGCCAGAAGAUUGGCCUGAACUCACUGUCAACCAACGAUAACCUUAUGGAAGUCAGACCAUCUCUAUGGGGCUUAACUUGUUGAUUUAUAAAGUAGAAAUAAUGAUACCUUAUCUUGUGGAAGCCAAGAAACUGAACCAAGUGAACUACUGAAGUCCUUUCCUGAUCUGAUAAGAUGUUUACAUUCACUGUUGUGUAGGUUAAUCAAUGUGUAGAGAGCUGUGGCUCUCAACCUUCCUAACACUGGCACCCUUUAAUACAGUUCCUCAUGUCGUGAUGACUCCCCAACCAGUAAAAUUAUUUGUGUUGCAACUUCAUAACUGUAAUUUUGCUAUAAACCAUAAUGUAAAUAUCUGUGUUUUUCAGUGGUCUUAGGUGAUCCCUGUGAAGGUUUCAUUCAGCUCUUAUGGGGUUGUGACACAGAUUGGGAACCACUGAUAUACAGGUUUUCUGGAAUGAUAGUAGACCUAUGUUGCCUCUUCACUGAGUUGUAUCCUUAUCUUUCUCUAAAAAACAUCAACUGGCAAUCUGCUUUUGAAAUAACAUUAAGAGUGACUUCUUUCAGGUGGCCUGGGGAAGCUAGCUCUACCUUAUCAGUCAACAGUGUACUCGGGGCUGAUACAAUGUUACAGAAGCAAUUUUGAAAAAGUAGCUAAAGUAGAUGUACAUUGUGGAAGGCCACUCAGCUCCCUCCAAUAGGAAAGAGUAAAUAAGGAAUAUCUCAUCCAUUUCAUUCUCAAAAUUCCCAUGAAGCUUGAGAUUCUCUGUCUCUACUGAUCCAAGAGUUUUAUAAUUUCCUUUGUGCUGGGACUUACUAGUAAAUGAAUCAUCUUCACCAAACUCAGAAUUGGUUUAUUAGUUUUCAGGACCUUCACCACAAAAGAGACUCUUCAAUAAGAUUUUCAAUUAACAGCACAAUCAAAGAAUGUAUGAAGUUAUAGUGUUACAUCACCAGGAAGAUUAAUAGUUGCUUAGGACUUAAUUGGAAACAGCCUCUGCCAGCUUCUAAAGCCCUCUCCUCAUCAAACUCAGACACAGAUUUUCUCAGACAUAGAAAGCUUACCUUCUGAGUCAGUUAAUUGUGCUAAUGGCUUUUUGGUACAGGAGAUGGAGAAAUCCUGAUUUACAUGGUUUCAAAGAAUUCCUAGCAUCUAUAUGAAUGCACGAAAAAUAGCAUAUAUACUUGGGAUUUUAUUGUAUUGUGUAUCAUCUAUUUCAAGUAAAAUAAAUUGAUACCCUCCCCCCUC